AUGAGCUCCAGAGACCGCUCCCACACUCUGCUCUCACUCUGCAGUCUGCCACCAUCAGGGCGGGGGUUCAGGUCCAUCAGGGCGGGGGUUCAGGUCCAUCAGGGCGGGGGUUCAGGUCCAUCAGGGCGUGGGUUCAGGUCCAUCAGGGCGGGGGUUCAGGUCCAUCAGGGCGGGGGUUCAGGUCCAUCAGGGCGGGGGUUCAGGUCCAUCAGGGCCAUCAGGGCAGGGGUUCAGGUCCAUCAGGGCGGGGGUUCAGGUCCAUCAGGGCGGGGGUUCAGGUCCAUCAGGGCCAUCAGGACAGGGGUUCAGGUCCAUCAGGGCGGGGGUUCAGGUCCAUCAGGGCGUGGGUUCAGGUCCAUCAGGGCCAUCAGGACAGGGGUUCAGGUCCAUCAGGGCGGGGGUUCAGGUCCAUCAGGGCGGGGGUUCAGGUCCAUCAGGGCGUGGGUUCAGGUCCAUCAGGGCGGGGGUUCAGGUCCAUCAGGGCGUGGGUUCAGGUCCAUCAGGGCCAUCAGGGCAGGGGUUCAGGUCCAUCAGGGCGGGGGUUCAGGUCCAUCAGGGCCAUCAGGGCAGGGGUUCAGGUCCAUCAGGGCGGGGGUUCAGGUCCAUCAGGGCGUGGGUUCAGGUCCAUCAGGGCCAUCAGGGCGGGGGUUCAGGUCCAUCAGGGCGGGGGUUCAGGUCCCUCAGGGCCAUCAGGGCAGGGGUUCAGGUCCAUCAGGGCGGGGGUUCAGGUCCAUCAGGGCGGGGGUUCAGGUCCAUCAGGGCGGGGGUUCAGGUCCAUCAGGGCGGGAGUUCAGGUCCAUCAGGGCCAUCAGGGCGGGGGUUCAGGUCCAUCAGGGCGGGGGUUCAGGUCCAUCAGGGCCAUCAGGGCGGGGGUUCAGGUCCAUCAGGGCGGGGGUUCAGGUCCAUCAGGGCCAUCAGGGCGGGGGUUCAGGUCCAUCAGGGCGGGGGUUCAGGGCCACAUCCAGCUUCCUCCCUCCUCAGUUCGUCUUAUAA